AAACAUCCUCAGGGGAUUCUCGUACCGACAACAUGAAGCUCGUACUCCUCACCUGCCUCGUCGCCCUGGCCGCCGCCGCCCCUCACCCUGACCGGGACGCUGUGAUCGUGGCAGACGAGCGCCAGGAUGAUGGAGAUGGAAAUUUCUACUACCGGUACGAAACCAGCAAUGCAAUUGAGGAGGAGAGGCAGGGCACCCCUGGGGUAGAGGGCCAGAGCAACAUGCAGGGAUCCUACUCCUUCACUCACCCUGACGGCACCGUCACUGUGGUCAACUUUAUCGCCGACGAGAACGGCUACCGUGUUGUUAACUAACUCUCCAGUAUUUCGCCGAGCGGGGGCUCUAUCAGCCAGCCGGCUCUAACGCCUUCCGUUAACAUGAAGAUGAUGACCUGUUCCUGAGACAUCCAUUGCCGUCCUACCUAACACUCUACUCAUUGAUUGUAAUUCACCAUUUCUUGAGAAUUCUACCUGUCUUAUGAACACUGUAAUUGACUCUGAACAAUUAAGUGUUAUGGUUGUUCUAGUAUGCUUAAAAUCUGUGGUAUUUUU